GCUUGCAAAAAGUUUGGCGGGAGUUGAAGAUUACGAAGCUAGUGCUGCAGUUUUGGCGGUCUGUGUAGGGCAAGAGAUGGAAAAUUGAUUGUACUUUAAUUGCGCUAUAAGAGUCGGGCGUGGUGACUGAUGCCUGUAACAGCCGGAAGCUGAAAGGUCGUCGGGAGUUUCCUAGCCUGGGCUACAGAGCUCACCAUGCCUACAGCUGGUAACAAGAAGAAGGCUCCCACACCUCAGAUUUCUUGUUUAUCAAGUGAAUCGUAUACCCAGCUGGAUUUUUUACCAGACAAGCUUAGAACAAAACUGCUUCCGUUCCAAAAAGAUGGCAUCGUUUUUGCCCUCCGAAGAGAUGGCAGGUGUAUGGUGGCUGAUGAAAUGGGUCUAGGAAAGACAAUCCAGGCGAUUGCAAUUGCUUACUUCUACAAAGAGGAGUGGCCCCUGCUGAUAGUCGUCCCUUCAUCUCUAAGAUACCCUUGGAUAGAAGAACUAGAAAAAUGGAUCCCAGAGCUAGAGCCAGAGGAAAUCAAUGUCGUCAUGAACAAAACUGACAUUGGGAGAAUCCCAAGCAGCAGAGUGACAGUUCUGGGCUACGGUCUCUUAACCACAGAUGCGGAGACUUUGCUGGAUGCACUGAACACCCAGAACUUCAGGGUUGUGAUAGUGGAUGAAUCACACUACAUGAAGUCCAGAACUGCUGCCCGCAGCAAGAUUCUCCUGCCCAUGGUGCAGAAGGCCAGGAGAGCCAUUCUUCUUACAGGAACUCCAGCUCUGGGAAGGCCUGAGGAGCUUUUCAUGCAGAUUGAGGCUCUUUUCCCACAAAAAUUUGGAACUUGGAUUGAGUAUGCUAAAAGAUACUGCAAUGCACAUAUCAGAUACUUUGGCAAAAGGCGUCAGUGGGACUGUAGAGGGGCAUCAAACCUUAGUGAGCUUCACCAGCUCCUAAAUGACAUAAUGAUCAGAAGACUAAAGAGUGAAGUUUUAAGCCAGCUGCCCCCGAAAGUCAGACAGCGCAUUCCCUUUGACCUUCCACCAGCAGCUGUCAAGGAACUGAAUGCCAGCUUUGAAGAAUGGCAGAAAUUAAUGAGAGCUCCAAAUUCAGGUGCCAUGGAGACGGUUAUGGGGUUGAUAAUGCGCAUGUUCAAACAGACUGCAAUUGCCAAGGCAGGUGCAGUGAAGGACUAUAUUAAGAUGUUGCUUCAGAAUGACUCCCUUAAAUUUCUGGUCUUUGCACACCAUUUAAGUAUGCUCCAAGCUUGUACAGAAGCAGUCAUUGAAAGCAAGUCUCGUUACAUCAGGAUAGAUGGAAGUGUUCCAUCUUCAGAAAGAAUUCAUCUGGUUAAUCAAUUUCAGAAGGACCCUGAUACUCGUGUGGCUAUCCUGAGCAUUCAGGCUGCUGGCCAGGGUUUAACGUUUACUGCUGCGAGUCACGUUGUCUUUGCUGAGUUGUACUGGGACCCUGGACAUAUCAAACAAGCAGAAGACCGAGCUCACCGAAUUGGACAGUGCAGUUCUGUGAAUAUUCACUACCUUAUUGCAAAUGGUACUCUGGACAGCCUAAUGUGGGCAAUGCUGAAUCGAAAGGCUCAGGUCACAGGGAGCACACUGAAUGGCAGGAAGGAGAGACUCCAGGCUACAGAGGAUGACAAGGAAAAGUGGGAUUUUCUGCAGUUUGCUGAAGCGUGGACUCCAAGUGACAAUUUUGAAGAGCUCAAGGAUUCUGUGUUUACUCACUUUGAAAAAGAGAAACAGCAUGAUAUUCGAUCAUUCUUCUUACCAAAACUGAAAAAGAGACAGUUGGAAAUGUCCUGUGAUGACUCAGAGGCAUUAAAGGAGAAGAUUUCAGUGGCCUCGGACCCUAGAAAAAUGGCUACGAGUGAUAGCACUGCUGACAAAAAGGAGUGUGAGCCUGAAGCUAAAAGGUUGAAGUCCCUGAGCACCAAGGACCACAGCAGUGCCCUGGAGGAAAGACAGUCCUUGCAAGCCAGAGCCACAUCCAUGAAAGGUGUCCCUGAGGUCAAGCCCCCCUUGGCUUCUCCAGCCCUUCCUGAGAAAGGGUGGCAGUGUGGCUUCUGCACAUUCCUCAACAACCCAGGCCUUCCUUACUGUGAGAUGUGUGAGAACCCUCAGGGCAGAGCUGCUGGCCCCGACCAUUUUCAGGAUAACAACAAAAAUGAUGAAGAUGCUGUUCAGGAAAGCACCUCCAAAAGUGAUCAAGCUAGUCUGGACUGUGAAAAGCAAUGCCCUGAACAGUUGGAAGCUGAGCAGUCGGCUAAUAGCAAGGAAGAGGCAUUGAAAGGUGGAAGGGAAGACAGACUGCCAUCUCAGGCAGACAUCGAGCAGUUGACUAAUUCAGGCACUCUGCCAGUGCAUGAGACCUUCAUGUUUUGUGCAAGCAGAAACACCGACCGGAUCCACCUCUAUACCAAGGAUGGAAAGCCAAUGAACUGUAAUUUCAUUCCUUUGGAUAUAAAAUUAGACCUUUGGGAAGACUUACCAGCAACCUUUCAACUAAAACAGAAUCGCUCUCUGAUUCUAAGGUUCGUCCGAGAGUGGAAUAGUCUGACUGCCAUGAAGCAGAGGGUUCUCAGGAAAAGCGGUCAGCUGUUCUGCAGCCCACUGCUGGCUUUGGAAGAGAUCACAAAGCAACAAGCCAAGGAAAAUAAUACUAGAAGAUACAUCACUAAAGAAGAUGUUGCCAUGGCUUCCAUGAAUAAAGUGAAAAGUGAUGGGGGCCACAUCCGUCUGAUCACCAAGGGAUCCAUGACCCAGGACUCUUCUAUAAAAAAGCUUGACAGAGCCUGUGUCCCAUCUCCGAAUCCCUGCCCAGCUGAUCUCACUGUUGAGCCAUCCCCAUCCAAAGGCUACAUUCAGGCGGUGGAUAAGGAAGGAAGGCCACUCUGCCUCCACUGCCAGCAUCCCACCUGCCAGCCCGAGCAAGAAGCCAAAGCCAGCGCCUGGGACUCACGGUUCUGUUCCCUGAAAUGUCAGGAAGAAUUCUGGAUCCGAUCCAAUAACAGUUACCUGAGAGCCCAGGUGUUUGCAGCAGAACAUGGUGUGUGUCAGCGGUGUGGCGUGAAUGCACACGAGCUCUUUCUGCGGAUGAGAGAUGCCCCUAAAAGCCAGAGGAAGAACCUCCUCAGUUCUGCCUGGACUGCAAAGCUCCCAGUGGAGCAGCUAAAUGCGAUGCUGAGAAACCCAGGAGAAGGCCACUUCUGGCAGGUGGAUCACAUCCGGCCGGUCUAUGAAGGAGGUGGACAGUGCUCCCUGGACAACCUGCAGACCCUCUGCACAGUGUGCCACAAGGAGAGAACCGCCCAGCAAGCCAAGGAAAGAAGUCAGGUGAGACGACUCUCUCUGGCAACAAAGCACACAUCAGACAUCACUCGGUUUCUGGUGAAGAAGUAAGGCGAGAUGUAAACAGAAGCAGAAGGCCUGCAGGUAGAAGGAGUUGUCACGGUUUAUCUUCAUGUUUAUCUAGUAUUUUAAGAAUAGGAAGUUUUGGGCUGGAGAGAUGGCUCAGAGGUUAAGAGCACUGACU